UGGAAAUCUAGCCGCGAUAUACUUCGUCUUCGACGCCGUCGUCGUCCUCGAUGUCCACCGUCCUGACUUCGUUGCCCACGAUGGGAUUGCCAUCGUCGGUGCAAACAAAUUCUGGUGACCCGGUCCGUGCUUCUGUUGGCAAUCUACUCUCAAGGGCGUACUCGCUGCCCUGCUCGACUGCGGCACAGGCUUUCAUUCAGCUUGUGCAGCCAACUUCACGAUUUCAGCUGGCUCUCGACGUGUUGUUACCUCUCCUAGACCCAAACACUUCGUCGGAGCUUGCUCAGCGGAUCUUGGUCUCUUACAUCUUGUAUUCUCUAUAUGCGCCUCAUCCUAUCUCCAUUAAUCCGUUCAAAUCGGUGCUCUUUGUCACUUUUGUCUAUGAACGAGAGAAGGCCGUCGCUGCUGCCAGCCGGGGCGACGUCUCAGUCAAUGAGCAACUGGUCUGGGUGCUAUGGAAGAUUCUCAGAGGUGACGGAAACGAUAUUGGUCCUUAUUCUCCAAGCACGCUAGCGCGAUCGCCUUUGCCGCCCAAACUUAGAGCUACUAACUUACUUCUCGACGAUGAUAUGUACAAUAGCGAAUCCGAAAUAGACGAUUAUACCCCCAAAUCACAACGUAUUACCACGACUACGACAAAUACGACAGUGAUCACUGCCGAAGAGGAUGCUGCCAAUGAGGGCAUAGCACACGCGAUGAAGCUUCUGCUCGAUGCCCGGGAACGAGUUUUGACUUUGUCUGAGCAACGGGCUGUGACUCCAUCCAUACAUGCACUAACUUCUUCACAAAUGAUCACUCCCCUGGACCUUGCACCUAUUAUUACUAAUAAUCCUAACCUUGCGCACCCUCUCUUCGUCGCCCUCCUUUCAACCGGACCUUCGGAGAGUAAUCUACCUUCGCCUUUCCUUGACAUCUUGUCCUCUCUCCCUCCUACCCUUCCGUCGUUUGACUUGAUGGGUCGUCUUCUACGUGAACCCACCAUGUCCGCCAACGGUUCCAUUACCAUUGCUGACCUUGUCCGCACCGAAGCACUUGGCAGGUUUGUGCACGAGUGCAUCAAUUGGCUCGACCAGGCGGAGCUGCAGGAGAAAGAGGGGCUCGUCAGUGAUGACCGCUUCGCCAAGGGUGUUCAGCAUCUUUGCCGAUUCUACACAUCUUUGAUCAAGCUCUCGCUGGUCGACGCCGCACUGGAUGCCGAUACUGCCGAAAUGGCGCACUUUAGCUUACGCCACUCACGAUUCGAAGAAGCCAACCAUCUUUACCGGGUUUUGGCUACCGGAAUGCUGUGAACUGUAUUUCUGUCGUCUCUUUACUCUAUGGCUAUGGUUUAUGCUUAUGUUUUAUGCCUCUGGACUAGCGUCGCCUCAUACUGUACUUUAUCAGAUAUAGGGAAGAUUAUAUUUCAACUCACCACGCACUCAUGUACUCAUGUACUCAUGUACUCACUGAACGUCAAUUACAUGUCAAUGUUAUUAACAUAAUGGAAUUUGUAUACGAGGCAGAGCCGUGAGUCUUCCUCUUCUGAUGCACAUAUAAAGUAACUACAUCCUACUUAAGCUUUGUCAAUCCAUCCGACUUCCGGGCUGUCCAACUUUGACAAUGAGACAAACAUCGCCGUAUAGAUAACCGACAGAUGCCUCGUUCCCGUA